AUGAACGAUGCAACCAAAGGAAGAGAUAAAACACCAAUCGCCUCACCAAAACCCUCUCCGACUUGCAGUUUGACGUCGUACAGUGGCACAUCAAUCGACGAUGAAUUGCCAUACAAUGUGGGAUCGGAAGAACAGCUGGCGCUGCUUCCGCCAGAGUGUCUCAGUGGCAACAAGUUAAGGCCGUUACGCCAUGUUAGUGAAGACGGACAAGUUAGCACAUAUACCCUCCAACCAAUGUUUUAUUCUGUAAUUUUCAUCCUUCUCGUGGAACUGCUGGAACGUUUUUCCUUCUACGGCGUGAACUACACACAAACAUCAUUUCUCACUGGUGUAUACAACGAUUCAUGGAACGCGGGAAUGCAAUCAAUCGCUGCGUCUUCAUAUGUUUCGGUCUCUACUGCCGUUGCGUAUACAAUGCCUUUUGCUGGCGCAUUUCUCGCCGACUCUGUACUUGGCGACUAUUGGACAAUCCUGUUUGGUGCUUUCUUAUUUUAUAUUCCCGGGCUUGUAUUGAUUUUUCUUUCCUCAAUUCCGCAUUUUCUUGGUGAAACCUUCAACACAACUGCUCUCGCCGUUGGUUUGCUUGUGUUGUGGCCAACGGGGACAGGAAUUGUAAAGUCCGUUGUAAAUGUUUUUGGGGCAAAACAGUUUCACCCCUUGCUGCAAUCUUCGUUAAUCGAAGCAUACUAUGUCAAGUUUUACAUGUGCAUCAAUAUCGGUGCCUUGCUUGGUGGUAUCGUUGUUCCAGUUGUUGCACAGCAUGAUAUCGCCCUCGCGUACUCUUAUCCAGUUGGCAUGCUCUGCAUCGGGAUGCUUCUUUUUGUCCUUGGAACAGAACGAUACAUAAAACAAAAGCCCAUGGGAAACCUGUUUGGCAAGAAAUCAAUCACCGGACAAGGCGAUACGUCCAUCGGACUUGGCACAAUCUUCAAAAUUACAGGUCUUAUCAUUCCAUUCAAUAUCGCAUAUUCGCAGAUGGCCACAACAUUUAUCAUCCAGGGUACAGUGAUGGAAAAGGCUUUUGGAUUUAUUGAUGCCGCCAGUAUGAACAACGCGGAUGCAAUUAGUGUCCUAUUGUUUGGAUGGCUUGUUGCAAAUUGUCUCUACCCAGGUCUCGCACGAAGAGACAUACGGAUACCCACGACCUAUAAGUUCGCAAUUGGGUCAUCGCUAGGAGCGCUUGCGAUUGCUUGGGCAUUGUUCAUGGAGUACAAAAUUCGCGCAACGUAUGAAGCAACGGGGCAGAAAGUUUGCAUUCUAUGGCAGUCCGUUUCAUAUUUCCUGAUCGGUGCUGGGGAAAUUUUCGCCGUUUCUGCUGCCUACGAAGUCGCAUUUACAGCGUCGCCUCCCGAGAAGAAAGUUGUUGCUAGUGCACUCAACCUUUUCUGCGUAGGAGGAAUUCCAAAUGUACUCUGUAUCUUUUUGUACCAAGCUGCGAAGGGAUGGUUCAAAAAUGGCAAGGGAACUGCUCACAUUUCUAGGGUUGAGGAUUACGUCACAGCUCGGAUCCACCAUUAUUUCUUUGUCUUGUUAAUUGUGUCUAUCUUUGGUAUUGUGAUUAACUUGCUCCCUGCUACACGAGAUUUCGUUGCAUCCAUUGAAGAGAAGGCAACUGAAAUGGUUAAAACACCUACGAUGAGACGAUCACCGCGGUUCCGACGCAAUCAAUCCAGGGAUUUUUCUGUCGAUGAUGAAGAGUCUCCACUUUUGCAAAUGAAACGGCACCAAGCAUACUUGAAAUAUGGAAGUGGACCGGUGUUGUACAAGCAAGGGUCGAUGAGAGCUGGCCCAUCGAUGUCUAAGCAAGUGAAUAAUAAGCAGAAGCACUUGAAGAAGAGCGCUGUCGGAAAGCUUUACAAUCCGAAGUCAAGGGCACCUACACUUAUAAUGGCUCCAGAUGGAAAACCUCUAACUGCAGCGGCGAUCAAACGACAAGAUAGCAUAUGA